AAUCUCCUCAUGCACCUGCGCGCCGGCGGCCCCAGUCCUCGGCUUGAAGCAGGUGGGAUGAUGAAGCCAAUUCAAUCGUUCUUCAACCGGAACCACAUACGAAAUCAGUACAUGUGAUUCUCCCAGUCCCAGCUCCUACUAUAAAGCUGGCAACUCCUUUCAGAUCAAACGCACUUUGUACCAUAAUGGAAUUACCACCUGGGAUCAUCUACCUCAUCAGUUGCUUGCCACAACUCCUAUUACCACCCGCAGUCGUUUAUGGUCUAAAUCGCAUCUGCGAUUUUGCAUUUAGCGUCUCCUUGCCAGGAUGGUCACAGAUUCCUGCAUAUUUGUUAUCUUUCCCUGCCAUCUUCACUUGCAGCGUGCUCGCAGCAAACUAUCGCGAUAGGCGCCAGGCUGCGAUGCAUGGUGCCGUCCUCGCGCCCAAGUUCCCCAGCAAAUGGCCUGGCGGUCUUGAUAUCCUCGCAGCCUUGGUAAAAAACUUUAAAGUCGGAUACAUGGGUGACUUAAUGGAGGAGCAGUGUAACGAAAUUGGACAUACGUUUAACAUGCGAGUCCUCUUCGAAAAUAGGAUCUUCACCGACGAACCAGAAUAUACGAAGGCAAUUCUGGCAUCAAAGUUCACAUCAUUUGCGAAAGGGCCCAUGUUUUGGGACCAAGCCAACUCCCUCCUUGGCACCGGAGUGUUCAAUUCCGAUGGGGAUGUCUGGAAAUUCCACCGCUCGAUGACACGCCCGUUCUUCAGCAAAGACCGCAUCAGUCAUUUUGAUAUAUUUGACAAGCACGCGGAAGACGCAAUUAGUCAGUUGAAGACUAGACUCAGAGAUGGUUACCCCGUGGAUUUCCAGGACAUGGUCUCUCGCUUCACCCUAGACUCUGCGUCGGAGUUCCUCUUCGGAAAGAACGUCUGUUCUCUCUCAGCUGGGCUGAUAUACCCACCGUCAUCGCCCCUUUCUAAAGACAUCGCGUUUGAGAAUCACCCAGCCAACAAGUUUGCGCAUGCAUUCAGUGAGGCUCAGAUUGCUACCUCCUACCGCGGCCGGUUUGGCUCAGCGUGGCGCUUGUUUGAAUUCUGGAGUGAUAACGUUAAGAAGCACAUGGAUGUUUGUUACCAGUUCAUCGACCCCAUCCUCAAGGAAGCAUUAGAAAAGAAAAAGGCGCUCAAGGAAAAUUCUAACGAGAAGGUGGACAAAGAGGAUAUAGACGUCAAAGAAGGCGAAACGCUACUUGGUCACUUGGUAAAUUACACAGAAGACCCCAUCGUCAUCAGGGACGAAACUCUCAACAUCAUGAUUGCUGGACGCGAUACAACUGCAGCUACUCUGACUUUCGUCGUCUACAUGCUUGCGCAACAUCCCGAUGUCCUCCUCCGUCUUCGUGAGGAAAUUCUCGGCAAAGUAGGUAGCUCGAGGAGGCCUACCUACGAUGAUAUGCGCGAUAUGAAAUAUUUGAGAGCAGUCAUCAAUGAGACGCUUCGACUUUACCCGCCUGUGCCAUUCAAUGUCAGGACCAGCACAGAACCAACGGUGUGGCCGGGGGUUGACGGGGGGAAACCGAUCUAUAUCCCUCCAAACACAAGGACUCCUUACUCUGUAUUCUUGACGCAUAGACGAACGGACUUGUGGGGACCAGAUGCUCAAGAAUUUGACCCAGAUCGGUUCCUUGACGAGCGCCUCCGUAAAUACUGUACACCCAACCCAUUCAUUUUCGUGCCUUUCAAUGCAGGGCCUAGGAUUUGUCUCGGGCAACAGUUCGCAUAUAACGAGACUUCUUUCUUCCUCGUACGACUUCUCCAGCAGUUCUCUUCAUUCUCCUUGGCCACAGAUGUCCAGACCCCCGCGCCCGCGGAGUGGGCCAAGUGUUCUGGCCGCAAGGCCAUCGAAAAGAUCAUUAUCAAAAGUCACCUCACCAUCUAUGCACAUGACGGGCUAUGGGUUAGGAUGGAGGAAGCCAGCCCUGUGGAGGUUGUGUAAAUAUAACGGACAGCGUAUGAUCAAGACGACAAACCAUUUAAUUAUCUGUACUGUAGCUCGCCUCUGGAGGAAAUUCGUACCUGCUGCUCUCUGUAUUGGCCGUGGG